UUUUGCUCACUCCAGACGCUUACUAGUUUGAGUCCAAAACUGGGCUAUUUAUUAUCGAAAGCGAUAUCUGCAGUAUUAACGCUUGCUGAACUAAAGCCAUUCGUCAAUGUUACAGCCGAUCAAUUGGCAUUCGGAUAUGAUGACACUCUAGUGAGUUUAGCGCAUAGAUUUUAUCCGAAACACUUGCGUCCAAUGAGUCAAAUGGGACUACUUAUUGGGCGCAAUGGUACACUAACUGAAGUCUCAUCAAUAAAAACUGGACAUGCUGAUAUGAAUGAGUUUGGAUAUAUUGAUCGUCUAAAUGGAAUUGAUCAUUUGCCAUAUUGGAACCAAAAACCUUGUACGAGUAUUUCUGCUUCAGAAGGUUCUUUUUUCCCGCCCAGAGAACGCACAAAAGCUGAUAUGGUUUAUUUAUACGAUAAAGAUUUAUGUAGAGUUAUACCAUUAAAAUAUCAAGAAGCUGUAGAAAAAGACGGUAUUGAUGCUGAUCUAUUUAACUUAGCAGAAGACUCUUAUGGUGACUCACAAAAUAAUCCUGAUAAUGAAUGUUUCGAUACUAAGGAUUAUGCACCAGUUAAGGGCUUACAAAAUAUAAGCCCAUGUCAAUUUGGUGCUCCGGUUUAUAUAUCAAAUCCACAUUUUUAUGCAGCGGAUACAUCAUUGUUGGAUGCAGUUGAAGGUUUAAAACCCAAUAAAUCUUUACAUGAAACUUUCUUUAAAAUACAACCGAAAAUCGGUGUACCAUUGGAAGGUAAAGUACGUAUACAAUUGAAUUUAAGGGUUACCAGAGCGCCAAAUGUAUUUCCCGUUAAAGAUUUUCGUGAUUUUGUGUUUCCAAUAAUGUGGAUGGAAGAGGGAAUAUCUGAACUUACUCCAGCUAUUCGCCGUUGGAUUUAUUUGGCUACAGUUUUCGCACCAAAUAUUGUGCCCAUCAUUUCAUACCUGAUGAUCGUUAGUGGUGCCUUUGCCAUAAUUUUUACCUUUGUUCGUGUCUACCAAACCUUCGUCUUCGCCUGUGAUCCAACGCUGGAAAUUCUCGAAAUGGGUCGGCGUUCGCUAAGGCGCGGCAGCAGUUUCAUUGCGCAUCAUCAGCACAAGUUUAUGCACCGCGAGAGUUAUACGCUGCUCAGGACGAUGCCGAGCACCUUGGGUGGCGAUGAUAGAGAAGAUGUGUUGCCAAUUAUAAGCAACAACAACAACAGCGAUUCAUAGUAUUUUUUACAUAAAUAAUUCGCUUUAAGCGCUCAAGUUUAUAUAGUUUUCUACUCUCUAGGGUUAAGACGGCAGGCAUAUUUUUAUAAAUAAUUUUUAGUCUAACUUUUAGUAACUAGAAGAAAAACAAAUUGUGAUUUAAGUAUGUAUGUUUAGUUAUUUAGGAGAGAAUGUCUGUCGAUUUGUACAAUUAAGUGUACCUAUGCAGUGCAUAGUACGUAUGUA